GUAGAACAUCUUGCAACCAGAGAUUUUGUAACCCAAGUCACCAAUAAGCAUUGUCAAGAUAUGAGAAUAUCUAUUGAUUUCAAAAAAGCAAGUAAAUCAGAAGAAGAAGAAGCAGUAACUGAAAAGGAAUUAGGUAUCAAUUCUCUUAAAAAUUCCUCUCAAGGAUUUCACAGUAGUUUAUAUAAUUUAGAUGAUGAGUACCUUAACAAUAAAGAUGUUCAAGAUGAUGAAUACCUUAAAAAUAAUGAUAUUCAAAAUGAUGAGUACCUUAACAAUAACGAUAUUCAAUACUUUAAUAAUAAUGAUAUUCAAAAUAAUGAGAGAGAUAAUAACAGCAAUAAUGAUAGUAUUGACGAUAAAGAAGAUAACAGUGGUAAUUUAAACGAGAAAAAAUAUUUAGAUAAAAACAAGAUAAUCGUUUAUGAUAUUCUUGAUUAUAAUAUAUCAGCAACUCAGACUGAAUAA